AGGGCGGGCUUUACAUUCACACGUGUGUAUUGCAAUUUGUUGUACACAACACAAGCUGUGUUUCUGCACAGACAAAUACUGCAUUUAGUUGAUUUCUUUGCAAACAUUCCAAGCUUAAUUGGACGGCUUGAGCGGACUUUAAAAUGCUGCGGAGAGCAAAGAAACGAUCAGUGCCAUCAGAAGCCGCAGCUGUUCCCCGCGUGUCACGGUCGAAAGCGAAAAAUGUGGAAUUCCAUUCAUCUGUUGAAGAGAAGGAACUCCAAAAGGAUGAGAGAGACCGCAAGAGGAAGCCGAAUAUCCUUGGAAUGCCUGUCAACAAGCGGGACUCAGAAGAGGCAUUCUUGGAGAAAUAUGUCCUGGGAGGCCAGGAGACCUUUGUGGAGAAUUUGAAUAGAGGAGAUGGAAAGAGGAUCGGUGUCUUAGAUGCGGAACAGAGGAAGCCAGCUUGGGAAGAUGAAGAAGACGAAGUUAAUACAAGUGCUCAUCAAGAUCCAAGCCAUGAAAGGACAACGCUACCAGCAAACACUGCGACGAUAUUCAGCAACAAAAGAAAAACACAGUUUGAGAAGGUCGUUGGUAGCACCCCGUCCUGGGCCCAGCUGCAGUCUGACAAGCAGAGACGCAGCGAUUCAGAAGAUGAGAGCGGAGGUGAAGAAGAUGAAGCUGACCGGUUCUUGAGACGGACGGGCGACUACCUGACUGCCUCCGAAUCGCUCCCAAAAGGCUCUCUGAACAUCCGGAAAGUCACCAACGCAAACAAGGAGCAGUACACGAAGGGGAAGCUGUCAGCUUUAGAGUUCCAUCCAACAUCGCAGGUCUUACUAACGGCGGGUGAAGAUCAGAGUUUACACAUAUUCCAGGUUGACGGCAAAAACAACCCCAAGAUUCAGAGCGUUGCCAUGGAGCACUUUCCCAUCACCAACGCUCACUUUUCGGCAGACGGAGCCGAAGUCAUCAUGUCAUCAAGGUCGCGUUGGUACUACGUCUACGACAUGAUCGCCGGCAAAGUGCAGAAAAUGUCAUUUUUGAGAGAGUACCAUGAGAGGCAGCCGUUGCGUCACUUCACGGUUUCACCCGAUGGUAGUUUCAUGGCAUUUCUGGGCCUGUACGGCUUCAUUCAUCUCGUUUCCGCAAAGAACAAAGAGUUGAUCAGCUCUCUGAAGAUGAAUGGAUCAGUGUCGUCUUUGGCGUUCAGUGGAGACGGUUCGAAGCUGUUCUCAUUCGGAGAUGAUGGAGAGGUCUACAUCUGGGACAUGAAGUCCAGGGAGUGUAUCCACAAGUUUGUGGAUGAGGGCUGCAUCAAGGGCACUACCAUUUCUGUCUCGAGGGGUGGCCAGUACUUGGCUUGUGGAUCCCACAGUGGAGUAGUGAAUAUCUACGACAGUAGCCAGUACAUGGUAGCAGCAAGACCAAAGCCCAUCAAAGCAGUUAUGAACCUGAUGACAUCGGUGACAUCGGCAAAGUUCAACCAUACCAAUGAAAUCCUCGGGGUUGCAUCAUUCCACGCCCAAAGCGCAGUUAAACUGAUCCACUUACCAGACUGCCACGUUUUCCAAAACUUCCCCCCGAGAGCCGACAGCAUUGGCCUGCCUACAAUGCUGGACUUCUCUCCAAGUAGUGGCUACAUGGCUGUGGGUAAUAGCCGUGGCAAGGCCCUGCUGUACAGACUGGGCCACUAUAAAGAUUACUGACCCUCCUGCAGUAUAGUGGAAGAGAAUGGAUAUAUGUGCACGAUGAAUGCUGACACAGUUUGCACACAUAGUAUAAGGCGCGAUUCAACUUGAGAUGUAGGAUGCAUUCUUGGAAGGUUUCCUCCCCCGACAAUUUCAUCCAGUCCUCGACCCGGCAAAAAACAGCCUUUAUGUUAAUCAGAAUCAUUUGAGAAUUUCUCUGCAAUCUUUUUUAUGUCUUUGGCACAGUUGAGUAAUGAAAGUGCAAGUAUUGGUUUUUUUCCCACGGAGUUGUGAUAAAUUACAACAGUGCUAAACUCAAGUUGUUUAAGUAGGAACGUACAAUCCGAUUUGCCUAAUCCAAAAUAUUCUUUGUUAUGAAUGAUGGACAACUUUGUCCCUUUAAUUGUACAUACAUUUUCUAUUAUGGAAAAAUUAACAUAUUUCAGGAAUUAAUGUACCAAAUUCUUUUCAAUAAUCUCAGCAUUUUUUGGGUGUAUUUUCAGAAAAUAAAGAAAACAUGACAAUGUAUU